AUGUCUUUGACCGCCAAGAUCGAGACCCCCAGCAUCACAUACGAGCAACCGCUCGGCCUGUACAUUGAUGGCAAGUGGGUGAAAGGUGUUGAGGGCAAGACUUUCGAGACCAUCAACCCCACCAACGAGAAGCCCAUUAUCGCCGUCUACGAAGCUGGUCCAGAGGAUGUCGACAUUGCCGUCAAGGCUGCUCGCAAGGCCUUCAAUGGUGUCUGGAGCCAGACACUCCCCUCCGUCCGAGGAGCGAUGCUGACCAAACUUGCCGACCUCUUCGAUGAAUAUUCUGAUACUCUCGCUGCUAUCGAGUCGCUGGACAACGGCAAGGCCCUCUCCAUGGCCAAGGUCGACGUCCAGCUCUCCUCUGGCUGUCUCAGAUACUAUGGUGGAUGGGCGGACAAGAUCCACGGCAAGACCAUCGACACGGACCCAGAGACCUUCAACUACACACGACACGAGGCUGUGGGCGUGUGCGGUCAGAUCAUCCCAUGGAACUUCCCUCUACUCAUGUGGGCCUGGAAGAUCGGACCAGCUUUGGCUACCGGUAACACUGUUGUCUUGAAGACCGCAGAACAAACUCCGCUCUCUGGUCUAUUUGCGGCCACUCUUUGUGAGAAGGCCGGUAUUCCCGCUGGCGUCGUCAACAUCCUUUCUGGUUUCGGCAAAACCGCUGGUGCCGCGAUUGCUUCUCAUAUGGACGUCGACAAGGUCGCCUUCACUGGCUCGACUGUUGUCGGCCGAACUAUCCUCCAAGCGGCUGCCAAAUCCAACCUGAAGAAGGUCACCCUCGAGCUUGGAGGCAAGUCGCCCAACAUUGUCUUCAAUGACGCCAACAUUGAGGACGCCAUCUCCUGGGUCAACUUCGGUAUCUUCUUUAACCAUGGCCAAUGCUGCUGUGCUGGCUCUCGUAUCUACGUGCAAUCUGGCAUCUACGACAAGUUUAUUGAGGCAUUCAAGGCCCGGACAGCCAAGAACGUCGUCGGCGACCCGUUCAAACAAGAUACCUUCCAAGGCCCACAAGUCAGCAAGCUUCAAUUUGACCGCAUCAUGAACUAUAUUCAGUCUGGUAAGGAGGCCGGUGCUAAGGUUGAGACUGGUGGUGAGCGCCAUGGUGACGAGGGUUACUUCAUUCAACCCACGAUCUUCUCCAACGUCACCGAGGACAUGAAGAUCAUGCAAGAAGAAAUCUUCGGCCCCGUUUGUGCCAUCAGCAAAUUCGACACUGAGGAGGAGGUCAUUAAGGCUGGCAAUGAGACCACCUAUGGUCUUGCAGCUGCUGUCCACACCACCAACCUCAACACUGCCAUUCGUGUUUCCAAUGCCCUCAAAGCGGGUACUGUCUGGGUUAACAACUACAACAUGCUCAACCACCAAGUGCCUUUCGGUGGUUUCAAGGAGUCUGGAAUUGGCCGUGAACUCGGCAAGUAUGCCUUGGGCAACUAUACACAGAUCAAAUCCGUCCGUAUCCGACUCGGAAGUGCCCUCUUUGGCUAG